AUGGCGAUGGUUUUCGGGAGACGAGAGAGCAGUGAGGGGUUCUGUGGCCUCGCGCACUGGUGCCGGCGGCUGUGCCCCGCGCGGCCGGAAGAAGAGUACUCUGACAUUUUUUUACAGGAGCGGGAGGAGCAGCCAUCUCCUCGCAGCUCGUCUGACCCUCCUGUGCCCGGCGCCCAGGCCCAGGCUGAGCCGAGCGGGCAGCACCCAGGAAAACCAGGAUUUGCUACCUCCGAAAAGCGAGUAAGACGUUUUCACCUGAAUUCGCUCUUUUUAAGCUGCCGUCAGCCAGUCGUUUCCGAUGAGCCUGACCUUGACGGUCUGGUGAAUGAUAUGAAUACAUCCUUGGAGAGUCUGUGCCCAUCAUCUAGCAGCAUGCAGAGCGAGACGGUGCCCCUGCGCCAGAACACCCGUGGCCAGCCGCCACCCGCGGGGGCACGGGCCGCGGAGCCGCAGGCGUCUGGACAGCAGAAGGUGCAGCGCUCCCAGCCCAUGCACAUCCUGGCUGUCAGGCGCCUGCAGGAGGAAGACCAGCAGCUGAAAACCUCGUCGCUGCCGGCCAUCCCCAAUCCUUUCCCGGAGCUCGGCAAAAAGGACGGCCCCUCGGCGCUCCAGGCGGGCGCGGGUGCGGGCGCGGGCGCGGGCGCGGGUUCAGGCUCAGCUUCGGCCUCAGCCUCUGCCUCGGGCCCAGGCCCGCUGCUGAUUCCGAGCCAGCCUCCGGCGAAGAAGGAUGUUAAGAUCUUCGGUGAGGACGGGACAUGCAAAGUGGUGGAGAUUCCAGUGGACAUGAAGUCCCGGGACCUGUGCCAGCUGCUGGUGUACCGCACUCACUGUGUGGACGACAACACCUGGUCCCUGGUGGAGUACCACCCUCACCUGGGGAUCGAGCGCUGUGUGGAAGACCAUGAGCUGGUGGCCCAGGUGGACAGCACCAUGGCCGGCGAGAGCAAGUUUUUGUUCAGGAAGAAUUACGGCAAAUACGAGUUCUUCAAGAACCCCAACAACUUCUUCCCGGACCAGAUGGUCACCUGGUGCCAGCAAUCCAACGGGGGUCAGAACCAGAUGCUGCAGAACUUCCUGAACACCAGCAGCUGCCCCGAGAUCCAGGGCUUCCUGCAGGUGAAGGAGCUGGGGCGGAAGUCCUGGAAGAAGAUGUACCUGUGCCUGCGCCGCUCCGGGCUCUACUGCUCCACCAAGGGCUCCUCCAAGGAGCCCAGGCACUUGCAGCUGCUGGCCGACCUGGAGGACUGCAGCGUCUUCACGGUGAUCUCCGGCAAGAAGCAGUACCACACCCCCACCGAGUUCGGCUUCUGCCUCAAGCCGAACAAAGUGCUGCAGGAGACAAAGGAGCUGCGGGUGCUGUGCGCGGAGGACGAGCAGGGCCGCCUCUGCUGGAUAACCGCUUUCCGCCUGCUCAAGUAUGGAAUGAGCCUUUACCAGAACUAUCGGCUCCCCAACCACAGAAAGCCAGCCUACCUGAGCUCGCUCUCCGGACCCGCGCGCAGUGUCUCUGAGAACUCCCUCGUGGCCAUGGACUUCUCCGGACAGACCGGGAGAGUGAUCGACAACCCCGACGAGGCUGAGAGCGCAGCCCUGGAGGAGGGGCACGCCUGGAGGAGACGCAGCACCAGGAUGAGCGCCCUGGGCGGCAACAGCCCCUUGGCUCAUGCCUCCCUCAACACCGUGAUUCACAAGAGCCAGCACUGGUUCCAUGGCCGCAUCUCCAGGGAGGAGUCCCACAGGAUCAUCAAGCAGCAGGGGCUGGUGGACGGGCUCUUCCUGGUCCGCGACAGCCAGAGCAACCCCAAGGCGUACGUGCUCACACUGAGCCACCACCAGAAAAUCAAAAAUUUCCAGAUCUUACCCUGUGAGGAGGAGGGACAGGUGUUCUUCAGCCUGGACGACGGGAACACCAAGUUCUCCGACCUGAUCCAGCUCGUCGACUUCUACCAGCUCAACAAGGGGGUGCUGCCCUGCAAGCUCAGGCACCACUGCGUGCGCGUGGCCUUGUGA